UCUCUCUCUCACUCACACACACACACAAAUUCACCAUGUUUGAAUUGGCAUAUGAACUGAUGACUGUUGCAGCUUCAAACCCACAUCUCAUCUUCCUUUUCUGUAAUCUCAUCAUCGUCGUUCUCAUUCUUGCUAGCUUCCAACCCACUUCUAAUUCUGAUCACAUAAUCACUACUAUUCCACCACCUUCCAUCAACCAAAACAGAAGCUUCGAAAGAAUCACUCCAACUCCUGAAGAGACUGCUGCCAAUGUGUCCAUCGAUGUUCACAACUCGUCCGAUGACUCUAACUCAUCGGAAGAAGAAGAUGAAGAUGAUGAUGAUGAACUCAGAAGAAGAGUGGAAGAAUUCAUUAACAAAACCAAUAGAAUUUGGAAGGCUGAAAAACUGAAUUCAUCUCUUGCUUCUUUGACUCAGUCUACUUGUUUAUAGGUCAAAAGUCAAAAAGUAGUUUGAUUUUUGAUUGUUAAUAUAUCAAUUCUUAUCAAGAUGACUCUACUUUUUGUUUGGUAAGUCGGGUCUUUACAGAAUCAGUAGCUCUGCUCCGGGCACCAUGCACA